AUGCCUAGUACUUUGCAAAAGACCCGCAAGCAGAUCUCUAAAAAGAGAAAUGGGGUUAUGAAUGCGUUGCAUGAGAAAUCCAGAGACUCUCUUCGGUUACACAAAGCCAGUGUGAGAGAUCAGAGACUCGAUAGACUUGCAGCAGCCCGGAGCAAAAAUGAACAACCCAUCGUCAAGAGGGUAAACUUCUUCCAGGAAGCGUUGCGAGAUUCAAAGGGCGAGGUGCUUGAGCUCACGACGAUACAAGACAAAAUUCAAGCAUUUAUUCACCAGUAUGUCGAGGAAUAUGAUUCUUUGAAAAAAGCACGCCGGCCUGGACGGCCCGCCAGCACGAGGGAAGAUUUAUUAAAAUCAAAAGUUGCUGCCCUACAAGCAGAAUAUGAUCAAGGUUUUGCUAUUCCAGAUGUUAUCAAUGCUGAAGGUGCCGCAAUUUUGAGUAGCUGCGAAGAUCCUUCGUCUGAAGCCAUCCCUUGGUCCAAAGUAACGACCGUUCCCUGGAUAAAGGUUACUCGCGCUGGGCAGACUCGGCAAGCUGAUUUUCCCACCAAGGGCCUGAACUAA